CAAAGCAAACCCAAAGAAGCCAUCAAUCCAAGCAACCAGCCGGCGGCGAAGCAGCCAAGGACUGAAGGACCAGCGAAGAGAAAGAGAGGGGCGGGCGGGAGCUGACGAUGGGGCAGUGCGGGUGCUUCGGGGCGGCGCAGGCGGCCAAGGAGCAGCGGGCGGAGGCCGACCGCCUCGAGGCGCAGGACGCCCGCGCCAGGGCCGCCGAGGCCGCCCAGAAGAGACAGCAGGAAUACGAGAAGUCAGCUGCUGGAAGAGCUGCACGAGCACAGAUAAAGGCUAUGAAGGAGUCUAAGACAUCAAACCAAGGAAACCAAGGGGAGCCAGUUCUGAAGUGGCAGAUGGGAUAAAAUCUUCACGUGUCGAUUUGCAUCCCCCAGAAUGUUAUUGAUGGUGAACAAAGGCUUUUUACCUUCUGAUUAUGAGAUGCAGUUUGGUCAGCUAACUCAUUUGUGAUGUUUGCUAGUGAAGUGUACAUCCUUUUAGUCAUCCUCUACGUACAUUCUUUUCAGAGAUUGCUAUGUACUGCACUACUGCCCAGUU